GUUUUAAUUCCUUCUUUACACCCUACCUCCGCCAGCCCCCUCUCUCACAAACACAAAAUGCCGGCUGGUCACGGUCUCCGGUCUCGCACAAGAGAUCUCUUUGCUCGUCCCUUCAGAAAGAAGGGUUACAUUCCAUUGACAACCUACCUCAGAACCUACAAGAUUGGAGACAAUGUAGACAUCAAGGUUAACGGCGCUGUCCACAAGGGUAUGCCUCACAAGUUCUACCAUGGACGUACUGGACGUGUCUGGAAUGUCACCAAACGCGCCAUCGGCGUCGAGAUCAACAAGCAGGUGGGUAACAGAAUCAUUAGGAAGAGGAUCCAUGUUAGAGUGGAGCAUUUGCUGCCUUCAAGGUGCACUGAGGAAUUUCGUCUCAGGAAGAAGAAGAAUGAUCAACUGAAGGCAGAGGCUAAGGCCAGAGGUGAGGUUAUCAGCACAAAGAGGCAGCCACAGGGUCCUAAACCUGGUUUCAUGGUGGAAGGUGCGACAUUGGAAACUGUUACACCCAUUCCAUAUGAUGUUGUUAAUGAUCUUAAGGGCGGUUACUAGGCCCCCUCUCAACUUUUUGUCGUGCAGUUUGGUUUGUGUCAACUGGGGCGAGUCAUUGGUAUUUUCAGUUUCAGUUUACAUUUCACUGUUAGAGAUCAGCAAGAUUAUAAUAUACUUGUGGGAAUUUGGAAUUCAUUUAAAGUAGUUUUCGAAUUAAAUGUUUUCCCUGCA